AUGCCGCAACGUAGAUACGCCAUCGGGAGAGCCGAUGAAGCCACACACCCAGACUCCGCUCGCGCCACCUUGUCGGAGUUCCUUUCCACCUUCGUCUUCGUCUUCGCCGCCGAAGGCUCCGUCCUAGCUCUCGAUAGGAUGUACGGUCGUGACCAUGCACUGGGAGGAGCCGGGCUGCUGCUGGUGGCGCUGGCUCAUGCUCUGUCAUUUUUCGCCGCCGUGGCCUCGAGUUUGAACGUGUCAGGUGGACACUUAAAUCCUGCUGUCACUUUCGGUACUCUGGUUGCCGGAAGGGUUUCUGUGGUUCGAGCGUUGUACUACUGGGUGGCGCAACUCCUCGGCGCCGUCGUUGCCUCAUUGUUACUUCGUCUAGCCACCGACGGCAUGAGACCGAUUGGGUUUUCAGUGGCGACUGGUGUGGGAAACUUGAAUGCGUUAUUAAUGGAGAUAAUUCUAACAUUCGGGUUGGUGUACACCGUAUUUGCGACGGCGAUAGACCAUAAGAGAGGAACGUUGGGGACGAUUGCACCACUGGCAAUAGCGUUUAUAUUGGGAGCCAAUAUUCUGGUGGGAGGGCCUUUCUCGGGGGCGGCGAUGAAUCCGGCAAGGGCUUUUGGACCUGCGUUGGUUGGGUGGCGGUGGAACAACCAUUGGGUGUACUGGCUGGGACCGUUCAUUGGGGCGGCGAUUGCAGGUUUGAUCUACGAGUUCGGGAUAAUCCAGCCGGAGGCGCCGGUGCAUACACACCACCAGCCAUUGGCUCCAGAAGAUUACUAG